UGUGCUCUCAUCAUUCAUUGUUUGUUCUGCUCUCGAUGCUAUCGGUUCGUUGUAAACUUCGAUUUUGCCGCCAUAUCCUUUGUACGGUGCAGUGAAGCAGCAAAUCUCUGCGGAAAUUAAAUAAACGGUUACGCCUGGCUAUUUUGAACGUAAAAUUUGAAAAGAAAAUUGAAUUAGUGUCGUGCGUAAUUAGUUGAAAUUGGUUUGAACAAAAGUGAUAAAUACAACUGAUUUCUGAUAAUUAAUUUGAGGGGGGGAAAUGCAAUGUGAGUUAAGUGCAAGUCCUACAUUCUGUCAAAUGGAAACUCAACAAGUGUGAAUUCAAAACUGUGAAUAGCGACGACAAAUGCGAACAAGUCUUUUCUACGCAACUACAUGUGGAGAAAUGAAUUCUUCUGAGAUAAGCAACAAAGUACAAAUAUAAAGUAAAUAAAAAUAGUAAAGUUUACACAUAACAUACAUAUGUGUGUGUGAGUGCCCGAGUGAGUGUGAGUUAAUCAAAACCGUGUCUUCUGUCUUGAGCACAUUAAAUGCGAAAUUAAAUUAAAUUAAAUAAAUAGAAUUUGCAAAUGUACCUCCGCUGUUGGUUCCCAAUAAGUGUAUAUCGUGUACAAUUUUAAUAAAAGCUAAGAAUAACAACAGCAACAACAACAGUACCGCGACAGCUCCAAUCAAAACCGCAGCCAUACAUACAGACGUAGCCGCCGCGCAUUUGUAUUCAAAGAUAAAUAUCUCAAAAGCAACUACGGAUGAACGACAUGAGUUGCGACUGAGUUGUGUUUUUCUUGUGGCGGAUAUCGUGACAAGUCGCGUUGCUCUCUAAUUUUAUUCGUCGUCUCAUAACCUGUUGUUGAAGUUCGCGCCAAUGCAUUUGUAUCGCGUCUAGUGGUCUAGCUGCUACUGUGGUGUAUACAUAGCCCCCUUGCCGCUCUCAAAUAAAUUCACGUGCAGAAGAUAUCGUCGUUUGAAGUUGAACAAAGACGACAACAAAAUCAAUUGAACAGCAGCGUCGCCAGUCGCCAGGCAACAAUAAUGGAACCGAAUGAUGCUAUGGAUACUUGUUACCAACCGGAACAAGGAGACAGUGCUAUUAUAAACGAUCUCUUACAAAUGUUGGGAAAUAACGAAAUUCCAGCAACUGAAAACCAAACUAUAGCUGACACACGGCCAGUAGCUAGUCCCGGUUCCAUGUCGUCAUCAUCGGCAUCGUCUUCACCCACAUAUACCAGCCUAUCACAACGAUCACCACAGCCCAAUGUUAUCGAAGGAAAUCCCUACAUACGGAUCGUUGAACAGCCGCAUCCCAAAGGAUUGCGAUUCCGUUACAUUUGCGAGGGCCGUUCGGCUGGAUCGAUACCGGGUAUUAAUUCUACACCGGAUAAUAAGACAUAUCCCACCAUAGAAAUAGUCGGCUACACAGGCAACGUGAAAAUCAUUGUAUCCUGUGUUACAGCCGACGAACCCUAUCGACCACACCCACACAAUUUAGUCGGUAAGGAGGGGUGUGAUCGCGGAGUGUGUACCAUGCGACUAAAGGGACCACCCAUGCGUGCCGUUUUCAGUAAUCUGGGUAUACAGUGUGUGAAGAAGAAAGAAAUAAAAUCAUCUCUGGAGGAGAGAGAGCGAAUUAAUGUCGAUCCCUUCAAGACCAAAUUCGCGCAUAUGGACCAACCAUCCAGCAUUGACCUGAAUAUUGUAAGACUCUGCUUCCAAGCAUUUAUACCGGUUGGGUCGCAGAAAUACUACAAACUCAAGCCAGUUGUAACGGAACCCAUUUACGACAAAAAGUCCAUAAACGAACUGGUUAUAUGUCGACUCUGCAGUUGUUCGGCUAAAGCCAGCGGUGGCGAUACUAUUUUCCUGCUGUGCGAAAAACUACCGAAAGAUGAUAUCAAGAUUCGUUUCUAUGAGGAAAAGGAUGGAAAAGUCAUUUGGGAGGACUACGGAGAGUUCCAACAAACGGACAUACACAAGCAGACUGCAAUAGCUUUCAAAACGCCGCGCUAUCACAAUACAGAAAUUGAGAAGAGGGCACAGGUUUUCAUACAGCUUGUUCGAUUCUCCAGUGAACCGGUUGCCAACGGCCAAACACCCACAUUCAGCCAAGUUAGCGAUCCUUUGCAUUUCGAAUUCUAUCCAGAUCCAGACCAAUUUAAGCGAAAGCGUCUUAGAACUGGUGGCAAUCCUAUGCGAAUACUUCAGGAAAUACAGCAAUAUGAUAAAAUGCAUAACAAUAAUAGCAAUAGUAACAUUUCAAUAAACACAACAUGGAAUAUACCACCAGCAUCUCUUUCACCAGCCUCCACACAAGGAACAGUACCAGAAAUUAAAAAUGAGCCCUUUUUAUCGCCAAAUUAUUGUGGAACAUAUAGAACACCUUAUCAAAUGUCACCGUCACCCCAGCCGGCAUCACCCAUGAAUCGCAACAGCAUGACACCAUCGCCAGGUUUAAUGAAAACACCCAGUGCAGAUAGUCAGACUCAAAUGUGUAACUCGUACAAUCAAAUUCAAAUUAACGGCAACACCAACUAUGCCCCAUCUAAUGCCAACAACAAUGACAACAACAAUCCAUUUCUUAAUGGCAACAAAGAUUUUUCGAACAUAAAUCAAUUGAAUACAUUGUCAACCUCACCGUCAACAAAUCCAUUCUACAAUCCAACAAGUGGUGGCAGUAUAACACCACUCUAUCCCAAUGCUAAUAACAAUGGGAAUCUUUGCACCACAUCACAAUUUCCGAAUUUGGCAAAUAUUACCACUCUACCCAACAAUAUAAGUACCUCAUCAUCAAGUGCCGUCUCCAAUCUCAACAUUGUUGGUAAUCAUCAGUUCCACUACCAGUAUCAAGAUUUUCAACAGCAAACACAUGUCCAGCAAAGCCCCCAAAUAAACGACACUAACGAUGCUGUCGUUUCUCUGAACACUCUUUUACAGAUCGACAGCGAUAAUUUCGUUAACAUAAAUUCCGAGGAGUUGCGCCUUUCUAAUUUAUCAAUUUCAACCUAAGGCGAAGCAAUUGAACUGGGACCCUAAACAUCACGGGGCCCAAUUGUGUGCCAAUAGAAACAAAUGCCCCCAAAUGGUCAAGGAAGUCGGAGUUUGUCGAAUAUGAAUCUCAAUUUUGUUGAUAUUUUAUUAUUAUAUACACAAAUGAAAAUCAAAUAUAAAUAAGUUUUAAAUUUAAGUUCAAUACACCAACCCUUUCUUUAGAUUUGCACAAAUUUAGAGGUAGUUGUAAUACAAAUUUCUUCUGUAAGUUUUGUAAUUAGAAAAACGAAAUUCCUAAAUUGUUUUUAAUUAAGUAGACAAGUAAAAAAUAAACUUGAAUAAAUAAAAAUGUUUGUUUUAAUAUUGAAA